CAUAUGGAGACACCAUGGUUAAUAGUCCUUGUUUUUUUGUGUCUUUUAAUGCUUAUUGUUAAAAGAAUAAGAUCCAUCCAAUCCAUUCAACUCCCUCCCGGACCCCUCCAUUUUCCUAUCAUUUCCGACAUACUAUGGCUACGAAAACCAUUCCCAAAACUCAAGCCAAUUAUUCGCAACCUCCAUGCCAAACAUGGCCCAAUCAUCUCAUUCCACUUUUGGUCUAAUCCCCAUGUUUCCAUAUCUGAUCGUUUCCUCGCCCACGAGGCCUUAAUCCAAAACGGUGCGAUAUUCGCUGACCGCCCCAAAACGCUUGCUCUAAACAAAUCACUCAACAUUGCCUCCUCUUGUUAUGGCCCCACAUGGCGUGUUCUCCGCAAUAAUCUCACCACUACAAUGCUUCACCCAUCGCGGUUCAGUUCCUUCUCUAACACCCGCAAAUGUGUCAUGGAAGCACUAGUGAAGCAAUUAAAAUCUGAAGCUGCAUCAAAUUAUUCUAUUAAGUUGAUCAAUCACAUUCAUCAUGCAAUUUUUUGCUUACUAGUUUUUAUGUGUUUCGGUGAAAAAGUUGACAACGAGAAAAUUGAAGUCAUUAAGCACGUCCAACGCCUUUGGAUUAUAAGCUCCGGAAAAUUUGGUGUGCUAAAUUAUUUUCCAAAAGCAAUCUCUCAGAUGUUGUUCCGAAAGCGUUGGAAUGAGUAUUUGAAUCUUCAAAAGGAUCAAAAGGAUAUAUUUAUUGAACUAAUAAGAGCGAGAGAAAAGGAAAAUAAUGAAAAUGGCAUUGAUGAUGAAAGUUUCAUUUGUUAUGUUGAUACCUUGUUGAAUAUACAAUUGCCUGAGGAAAAACGGAAGCUUGAUGACAAUGAACUUGCUGCGCUCUGUUCAGAGUUUCUAACUGCAGGAACUGAUACAACUUCAUCUGCAUUGGAAUGGAUUAUGGCAAAUUUGGUGAAAUAUGGACAUGUACAACAGAGGAUAGUGGAGGAAAUUGGAGAAGUUAUUGGUGAUAGAGAGGAAAGAGAUGUAAAAGAGGAAGAUUUGGAGAAGUUACCUUAUCUUAAGGCUGUGAUUUUGGAAGGGUUAAGGCGCCACCCUCCUUCUCACUACUUAAUUCCACAUGCAGUGACUGAGGAUGUGAUUUUUAAUGGUUACUUGGUGCCUAAAAACGGGACAGUUAAUUUUAUGGUGGCAGAGGUUGGAUGGGAUCCAACAGCUUGGGAGGACCCUAUGGCGUUCAAGCCAGAGAGGUUUGAGGAAAGUAGUAGCGGAUUUGAUGUUACUAGUCAAACUGAGAUCAAGAUGAUGCCAUUUGGAGCAGGGAGAAGGAUUUGUCCUGCUUAUAACUUGGCAAUGCUUCAUUUGGAAUAUUUUGUGGCAAAUUUGGUUUGGAACUUUGAAUGGAAAACUUUAUCACCUGAAAGUAAUGUUGAUUUGUCAGAAAAACAAGAAUUUACUAUGGUGAUGAAACAUCCAUUGGAAGCUCAAAUAUCUCCUAGGAACUAGGUUCAUUUCU